AACGCUUGAAUAUAGAAUCGUCUCAUGAAUUUCCAUUUUCGACCCAUUGUACCGAUCAAGAACAAAUCAACUCUAACUCGAAAUGCGAGAUUCCGACAGAAGCCACACCCGUAGUUGGACCAUCUUAUACGACUACCUCACAAUGGCCAUUUUUUCCCUACAUGCCAUUACAGGCAUUACGUCCAUCAACGACACUCAAAGAUUCCCCGGUGGUCCCUUCAUCAACACCACCAGCAGACUCUUCUGACGAUGCGGCGAUGGCGUUACGAAACACAAAACUGGCCAUUCAAGGAGAUCUCGACACAAUGGCACGAAACUGGACCGAAUGCGAAAUGACAAAUUGCCGACGGCUAGUUCAGUUCCGGCGUCGUCAAGAAAAGAAUAUUAUCCACGUGUCUUUCGCGGCCUUAAAUCAUGAAGAUCGUACGCCAAACGCGAUUAUCGUUUCGUGUAUUUGGUGGAAAGCCAAAAAUGAGUACUACAUCACUUCGGUUGAUUGUAUUUCACUUUUGGAAGCGUUGCUUGCAGUGCGUUUCACUGUCGAGGAGAAGAACCGGAUCCGUCGAAAUUUGGAGGGGUUUAAGCCGUUGACUGCUGGGAAAAACUCGAGGGAUAGUGAUGAUUUGUUUCGGUUGAUUAUGGGAUUCUCGAAUCCGAAACCGAGAAAUAUUGAAAAGAAUGUUAAGGUGAUUCCGUGGAAACAUUUGGCCAAUGCACUUCAUAAAAUUAAUAUCAAUUAUGCUGGUGGUAUCGAUGCCGAUCUCAAUGCGACACCUGUAACUAAUGUG